AUGCGGGCGUGGUUGCUGAGGACUGACGAGGCUCGGAAUGCACGCAAACACGCAGUGCGGGGUUACAUGACUGUCGCAGCUUGUCUGCGACGCUGUAGGGGCUCAUGCGCGUCCACUGCGCGGUCUGCCACCUGCCAGCGUCGCGGAUCGCACGCGCGGCUGCAGCUUGUCUACAGGGUCUCAGACAGGGCCGCGGCGCGGCUCGGCGAGGCUGGUGCGUGUGCAAGGGCUGAGGGCGUGGAAGGGGCCGAAACUCGAUGGAUCUCCGUCCACCUAGGAUUGCUCGUGUGGCCUGAAGAACGAUUCUCGGAUCGCCUACCUGGAGAUCACGACCGCGGGAAUGGCUCGGUAGACUAUCUCGUCGAGAGAGUAGGACUCGAUGGAGGAUGGGUCGGCGUUGAAGGGGACGUACUUGGCGGAGAAGCUGUAGGACGAGGCUUGGCGACGGGCCUCGUCGUGGAUGUUCUCCCCCGCAAGGCGGAGGCGGAUGCGGUGGCGGAAGGGGGAUUGGAGGAGGUGGCGGACUUAUGUGAAGGGGGAUCGGAGGAGUCGACUGAAUCAGUCGGAACGAAUAUUGAGCUUGUGAAGGCAGACGAUGGAGGGUUUUCUGUGCUGAAGAGGGAGAGACAGCCGU